ACACGCAUCUCCAGGAAGCGACCGGUUUCUGGACAUGGCGAUGCAGUUGCAGAGGAGCAUUGUUGCUCAAACUAAGAAACAUACCGCAUCUGUCAUUUUCCUUCACGGCUCAGGUGACACGGGGCCAGGUGUAAGAGCAUGGAUCAAAGAUGUAUUGAAACAAGAGUUGAUUUUUCCACACAUACGUGUUAUCUAUCCAACAGCACCAAUGAGACCAUAUACGCCCAUGAAUGGAGCUCCAUCAAAUGUAUGGUUUGACAGAUAUAAAAUCAGCAUUAACUGCCCAGAACAUUUUGAAUCCAUUGACUUAAUGUGCCACGUAUUGGGUGGUUUGGUAGAUGAAGAAGUUAAAGCUGGAAUUGCAAAGGACAGGAUAAUCUUAGGAGGAUUUUCAAUGGGAGGGACAAUGGCAAUGCACUUAGCUUAUAGGUUUCAUCAACAAGCAGCAGGAGUAUUUGCAUUAUCCUCUUUCUUGAAUAAAAAUUCAGCUGUCUACCAGGCUAUCCAGAAGACUAAAAUAUCAAUGCCUGAAUUGUUCCAGUGUCAUGGAAACAAUGACCAACUAGUUUUAUAUGAGUGGGGUAAAGAGAGCUGUUCGAACUUACAAUCACUGGGAGUGAAAACCACAUUUAAUACUUUACCUAAUCUCCAUCAUGAACUUUGCAAGCCAGAGCUGGAACAGCUGAAGUCAUGGAUUUUACAUAAGCUACCUAAUGAUGAACAAUAAUACUAUUCAUUCUGAAUAAAAUAAUACUUCAUGUACAUUUUUUGAUUAGAUUAUAAUCCACGUAUUAGGGAUGAAAGUAUGUCAUGGAGGAUUGCAUAUAUAGCCAUGCAGGUUGAAUAAACUAGAUUAAACAAGGCAGAAAAAUCACAUUGAACUAUUUAGUGCUAAAAUAUCCUACUUUUCCUGAAUUGUGUUGUCAUUUUACUUUGAUGUAUGAACAUACUUUGUUACAUGAAGUCAUUUUUCUUCAUCAUAAUGCUCUGGAAAUUUCUUAAAGAUGAGGCAUGGAAGUCUGUUGCAGAUUCCUGGUGCCUAUUCUCUAUAAGUUGCCUACUGUUAGUAGCAUUAAAUAUCUACAGCUACACUCAAAGGGGAAAAAAAACAUGAUGUUAAAUAUUUAUUGCAGAAAAUAGUGGAAUUUUUGAUUUAUAUAUUUCCAUUUCAUCUUUUUCUAUCUCCAAAUAAAGUUGAGAAAUGAGCA